AUGUCUGAGCCCGAACAGUGCAUCAUAUGUCUGGACCCUCUACCGCGCCCCUCGCCCGUCGUCGACGGCUCCGCCGCCCCGGACGACGCAACCCUGACGGCUGCCGUCGCUGAUGCCGUCUCCGAGGACAACAACUAUCUCGACAUCGUCGCCGCCCUCGACGGCUGCGAGCACAUCAUCCACGACUCCUGCAUCCGCUCCUGGGCUCAGAAAACAAAUACUUGCCCCAUCUGCCGCGAGCCCUUCCACUCGGUCCGCGUCUACAAUGGUGCCGAUGGCACCGCAAUCUCUACCUAUGAUGUCCAAGACAAGAAGCAGGUGGCCGAGUUCGAUGUCCAGCAGUGGCAAGCUCAGAACCCCGAGCCGGACGAAGACGAGGCCAGCAACCCCUGCCCCAUAUGCAACUCGGCCGAACGAGAGGACAUACUGCUUCUCUGCGAUAGUUGCGAUGCCGCCUACCAUACCCACUGCAUCGGACUAGAUUACAUCCCCGAGGGCGACUGGUACUGCAUGGAGUGUGCCCAUCUGUUCGAGCUGGACGAUGAGCCCGAACGACCGCGGCUCAGUGCUCGGCCGCCCCCUGUGGGCGUUCGCAGGCCCAAUGCACGGGACGUUCGCGGUUACCACGUCAGAACCAGGGAGCGCCUGAGGAGGGCCCGCCGACAAGCACGCAACGUCGAGUGGCAAGGCGCCUGGGGCCAGUUUGCCGGAAGAUUCUUCGAGAUGAGCGAGCUUGAUCUCGAUAACCACGACGAUGACGAGGACCUCGAGCAGUAUCGCCUGUUCCAACAACACGAUCAACGAGAGCUGCAGCGCUGGCAGCAACGACUCAAUAUUGCACAGCGUCUCGGUGCCCAAGAGGAGUUCGCUCCGAGCAUUCCUCCACAGAUCAGCGAGCGCUUGCAGCCUGUUCCUCAACCAGUCGAGGAAACGCGAGAUGAGCGCCGAGCCUGGGGCGCCCUCGACCGGGCCCGCGAGGCUGAGACGCCUGCCACCAACGGGUCGUCGCGGAAGCGGAAGACCCGUUCUGUCACGGCGUCGCCGGCGGAGCCUGCCCAGGAGCCAGAAAGGAAGUUGAAGAGGCCCCGUACCCGGCGACUCCCCACCCAGCCCGAAGCAUCAACGUCGGCUUCGUCGCCCACCACAACAGCCGGCCCCUCGACAUCGCGGCCAACGAAUGGCUCGACCUUGCGAAAUGGCCUUGUCCGCGUCGAGACAGAGACUCCUCUGGUUUCGUCGCUGUUGAAGGAGUUGGAGCCGAACGCCCCGUCUGAGGAUGAGACGGCGGUGCUGACGCCGACGUGGCGAGUCCCGCCCGAGGCGUCGUCUCCGGCCCUCUCGCCGUCGCCAUCGAAUCACAGCAGCCCCCGAGCGCUGUCCCUGACUCCCCCGCCGCUCCCUCGCACAAACGGUCGGGAGUCGUCCCCAACUUCACUCAGCACACACAUCGAGCCCAGGUACCCACCUGCAAACUACUCUCCUAGCAGGCCAACUAGCGACAACAGCGACUCAGAGUCCCGUCCAAGUCGGCCAGAAGUUCGGCCAAUCGAGUUGCGCCAGCCUCGACCUCGUCGGCCGCAGCAGAUUAGGCGGCGAGCCGAAGAUUCCUCGCCAACAAGGUUAGCCAUGACGCACGAGGAAAAGAAGAGCAUAAACGACAUUGUCAAGGUUGCUCUGAGACCGCACUGGCGCUCUCAGAAGUUGACGACGGAGCAGUACGAGACGAUCAACCGGGCCGUCUCCCGCAAACUUUACGACGAGGUGAAGGACGCAGCGGCGCUCGACGACGAGUCGAGACGAGUGUGGGAGAAGAGAGCCACGCAGGAGGUGGCGCGAGCGGUUGCAGAGCUUCAAGCCUGA